AUGGAUGUGGAGUUUCCUCGGUUGGGAAAUACAAAUAAUUCUUGGACGGACUAUUUGAUCACUCGUCGUCUUGGAGUGCAGAGUAGAGCGGCGGCUCCUCCUUAUUUCGUCGACGUUCAUUGGUGGCCUCCGGUCAAUCAUUGGAUGAAAGUUAACACUGAUGGUUCUGCCCUCGGCGCUCCGGGGAGUAUCUCUGCGGGGGGGGGGGGGGUCUUUCGUGAUAAAUGGGCGGCUGUCCGAGGUUGUUUCCACGUCAAAGGCGGUCUGGGGUUCGCUUUUGAAGCUGAACUUUUAGCGGUAAUCACGGCAAUCAAUAUUGCCCAUUCUAGGGGCUGGCGUUUCUUAUGGGUUGAGUCGGACUCGUCUUAUGUGGUUAAUCUUCUUAAUUCCAGAUCGGAAGACGUCCCUUGGAGGUUUGUGGCAUCCUGGAAAUCUGCGUUGCGGAUUUUACCGGAGUUUAAUAUCAUGGUGACUCACAUCUAUAGAGAAGGUAACUCUCCGGUGGACAUUAUGGCAAAUGGGGAACGCACUGAGGGUUGGUGGCCAUACCCUAUCGAUGAAAUCAAGAAGGCGGUGGCCUUGGACAUGGCAACGCAUAGCCAUACAAGGAUGGUAAAAUAA